GGCCCUCAACUCGAAGAAAGUCGGGCCACUAUUUAAACUCAGCCUCCAACCCCUCAGGCUGAAACUGCCACACAGGCUCGAUCGUCUGCGAUCGCUUCCUUGAACUCAUAAUGCCCUCGCCAUAUGUGAAAGAAAUAAAAAACCUCAGCAAGGGGUACGGAUCCACCAUCAUAGACGCUAUCCACAGCUGGCUGGUUGAAAGUUCUCACUUUCUCGUGGGCCGGUCAUGGAGAUCGUUUGGCACGAAACAAGCGACCGCGAAGAAAAUGCACAAUGAGGAUAUUCUAAGACCUGAAACCAAAACUAUUAUGCAGGAAAGAAUAUACUUAUUUGCUGAAGACGGCAGCGAUUCAUUCGUGCGGACGAGGAUGUCUGAGAUAACCCGCGAUUCCUCGCUCGUGUCACAUUCGGGAUCAAGAGCUCAAGAGCCCAUAGAAUAAUAGCGCUUAGAUUGGACAAGUCUUACUUGUUUGGGAUGCUAAGAGACCAUGGCUCCGAGGUAUGUUUUCUAUCGACUUGUGCUGUAACAACCAUGAUAGUCUACAAUUACCAUAGUAUAUCUGCCAUGCGACC